CCCUGAGAGCCAAGAAAGGGGAGCACAUCUGGAUAGUACUAGAUGGACCAGUAGAUGCUAUCUGGAUAGAGAACCUCAACUCUGUACUGGAUGACAACAGGACUCUGACCCUGGCCAAUGGAGACAGGAUCCCCAUGGCCCCCAACUGCAAGAUCGUGUUUGAGCCCCACAACAUCGACAACGCCUCGCCUGCCACCGUGUCUCGUAACGGAAUGGUGUUCAUGAGCUCUUCUGUGCUCGACUGGAGCCCCAUUCUGGAGGGCUGGCUGAAGAAGCGUUCCCGUCAGGAGGGAGAGGUGCUGAGAGAACUGUUCUCCUCUUCCUUCCCAGAGCUCUACCGGUUCACUGUUCGCUGUCUGGAGUACAAGAUCGACAUGCUGGAGGCCUUCGUCAUCAUGCAGAGCAUCAACAUGCUGCAGGGCCUCAUCCCCGCCAAGGAGCAGUGUGGGGAGAUGUCCAGGCAGCAUGUGGAGCGUCUCUAUGUGUUUGCUCUCAUGUGGAGCAUCGGAGCUUUACUGGAGCUGGAAGACAGGAGGAAGAUGGAGAGCUGGCUCCGUGGCAACGACAACAUCCAUCUGGACCUCCCAGACAUACCAUCAGACAGCGAGGACACCAUGUUCGACUACCACGUCACUACAGGCG